AUCACGCUGACUUUGGGAAGCGCGCGCCGACGCAGUAGCAAGGGUCGUGCGGCUGGGAAGGAAGCGAGCUUCUUAGGCGUAAGGGCCGAGCCAGCAGUUGGUUGGUGCUCAGGCCCCUGCCGUGGCGGCAGGUCCCUCCACGUGCUUUCGGCAGCGACAUGGAGCUGGAGGAGUUGGGAAUCCGAGAGGAAUGUGGCGUCUUCGGAUGCAUCGCCUCAGGAGAGUGGCCCACGCAGCUAGAUGUACCGCAUGUGAUCACUCUGGGACUUGUGGGGCUGCAGCACCGGGGUCAGGAGAGUGCUGGUAUUGUGACCAGUGAUGGGAAUUCAGUACCAACAUUCAAAACACACAAGGGAAUGGGUCUUGUAAAUCACGUCUUUUCUCAAGACAAUUUGAAGAAAUUAUAUAUUUCAAACCUUGGAAUUGGACACACGAGAUACGCCACUACAGGAAACUGUGAAUUAGAAAACUGUCAGCCCUUUGUUGUUGAAACACUUCAUGGGAAAAUAGCUGUGGCACAUAAUGGCGAAUUGGUAAAUGCUACUCAAUUAAGGAAAAAGCUUCUGCGGCAUGGUAUCGGUUUGUCAACAAGUUCUGAUAGUGAAAUGAUUACCCAGUUACUGGCAUAUACACCUCCUCAGGAACAAGAUGGCACCCCAGAUUGGGUAGCAAGGAUUAAAAACUUAAUGAAGGAAGCACCCACAGCAUAUUCCCUGCUUAUAAUGCAUAGAGAUGUUAUUUAUGCAGUACGAGAUCCUUAUGGAAAUCGCCCUCUAUGCAUUGGACGUCUUAUUCCUGUAUCUGAUAUAAAUGAUAAAGAGAAAAAAUCUUCAGAAACAGAAGGAUGGGUGGUGUCUUCAGAAUCUUGUAGCUUUUUAUCAAUUGGUGCAAGAUAUUACCGCGAAGUCUUGCCUGGAGAAAUUGUGGAAAUAACCAAACGUAGUAUCCAAACUCUUGAUAUUAUACCAAGGUCUGAAGGAAACCCGAUGGCUUUUUGUAUCUUUGAAUAUGUUUAUUUUGCAAGACCAGAUAGUAUAUUUGAAGACCAAAUGGUUUACACAGUAAGAUACCGUUGUGGUCAGCAGCUGGCAAUUGAGGCACCAGUGGAUGCAGAUUUGGUUAGCACUGUUCCGGAAUCCGCGACGCCCGCUGCUCUGGGUUAUGCAGCAAAGUGUGGGCUUCCGUAUGUGGAGGUGCUGUGUAAAAACCGGUAUGUAGGAAGAACCUUUAUUCAGCCAAACAUGAGGUUAAGACAACUUGGUGUUGCAAAAAAAUUUGGAGUAUUGUCGGACAACUUUAAAGGCAAAAGAAUUGUUCUUAUAGAUGAUUCAAUUGUGAGAGGCAAUACCAUCUCACCCAUAAUCAAAUUGCUCAAAGAAUCUGGUGCAAAAGAGGUACACAUUCGAGUAGCUUCACCACCAAUUAGAUACCCAUGCUUUAUGGGAAUAAACAUACCAACAAAAGAAGAGCUUAUUGCCAAUAAACCUGAAUUUGAACAUCUUGCAAAAUAUCUGGGCGCAAACAGUGUUGUAUAUCUGUCAGUGGGAGGACUAGUUUCAUCUGUACAAGAAGGGAUAAAGUUUAAAAACCAGAAAGUGGAAAAGCAGGAUAUUAUGAUUCAAGAAAAUGGCAAUGGUCUGGAAUGCUUUGAAAAUAAUGGUCAUUGUACAGCUUGUCUCACUGGAAAAUACCCUGUGGAAUUGGAAUGGUAGUUGAAAAUAUAAAGUUUCAAAUAUAAAGUUGGUCAAGAAGUUAUAAUGGUGGUUACACCCUGUCCAUUUAACUGUUACUCCCUUGGUCAGUGUAAAAUGCUUAUGUUUACCUUUAUAUGUUUUGAGAUUUCUUUUCUAAAAAGAGUACCAAAGUGCUAUGCUUUCCUUAAUAAUCCUAGAUAAAUAUUUGGAUGAUCCUUUCAGUUUUGUUUAGUAGUUUAGUACUUUGAGGCCACCAGUUAUGAGAUCAUACACAUUUAAGUUCGUAUCAGCAACAAUAAUGCAAAGAAUAGGUAAAUUUCUGUUUUAGUAGGGAUUGCCAGGCACUAUACCUUCCCACAGAUUCUUAAAAAAUUUUGUGGAAUGCUUCUUGAGAGUUACUGCAAUUCAAUUGUAGAGUAUUUUCAUAAGUGAACCUUGCUGAUUGCAUAUAAUACAACACUUUUUUGUGGGGUUUUUGUCUGUUUGUUUGUUUGUUUGUUUGUUUUUUACACACAAGCUUUAGCUAGCCUUUUUCACCUGGUCAGAGAAGGCAGGUGGUAAGUGGCAUUUUCCAGGUCCAUGCUUUAAGAUGGUGUGAUGCAAACAGGACAUGAGUUAAGUAUAACAUACACACAAACUAUGAAUCCAUUAUGUCCCAGAAGUAUCAAGCCUCUAGAGUUCUCAGUGUGGUUUUGACCUUGGCUUCCCUGCCUAACUUUGGACAAAUCUUAAAACAACAACAAUAAGUACAUGCCUUUUUGUGCCUCAUCUUUCCUGCCUGUGCAGCAGGGUACUAAUAGUACUAAAUUAAAUAAUUAAGAGGAAUGUGAAAAAGUGUCAAACGUUUUGUAGUGGUUAGAGCCAUCAUUUCUCUCUUCAAUUUUAAGAUAGUGCAUGAUUAUUAGCUUUUGAAAUGUUGGCUGUUAUUCUGAAAUUGAGAUUUCAUUAUGAUGAAGGGAAACAUACAGUUCAGCAGUGCUUUUCCACCUGUCUUUGAGAUGUCCUAAGGAUGAUUGUAAAAACAUGUCUGUGGAAAGUGUUUUUCUGCAUUUGACUAUGAAGUAUGAUCUAUAUACUACUAGUGCCCCUAUAGUAUAAGCCCAGCCAGUAACCUCGUAUAUUUGAAGGAGAAGAUAAAUUUUUAGAUUCUAACAACCCUUUUAUCUUUAUUAAUUAUAUGUUCUUUUAAUGAAGUGCUGGAUCAUUUACAAACAUAUACAUAUAUAUGUACAAAUACAGAUAUAUCAUUGCAAUUAAAUGAUCAAAUACAAACCCUGUAGGGGCCAAUUUUGUUUAAGAAUCAAGGUGAAAAGCUAUUUUGGAAUUAGCAUGCCCGUCUGAUUCUAAGCAUCACCUUAUUACUUCUUUCCACUUUAUUUUAUUGGGAUCUAACAAACACAGGCUUUUUUAAGUGUUUUCAUGUAACAUCUGAGAUUUAAAAUUUCAAGAUGAUUGCCCUCAACUCCUGUUUAUGUAAAAUUUUUUUAAAAACAUAAAAGUGUUUGUUUCUGCAUUAUUGUUACCUUAAUUUGAUGUACAUAGUGUCCAAAUCCAUUUAGGAAUAUUUAUUAAUAACUGAAAUCCUCUCUUCAUUUGGUAUAUAACCUCACAGGUUUUAUUAUGGCAGGCCAAGAUAAAAUCUUGACAGCUAUUUAAGCCAUGUGCAGCAGGCUGCAGCGGUUUAGAUAACGCUGUGGCAAUGGCACAAGCAAAUUGACAUUUGAAUAAAGCCCUGGGACCACUUGAGUGUAUAGCCUCUUGUCUUAAAUGUAUUCCUCAUAUCAGCGUGGAGGAAGCAAGACCUGUGGGUCAAUUUUGAAUUGGCCUUACUUAUAUUUGAUUUUUAAAAACAAGAGACUCAGGGAAAGUACUAAACCAAAAUCUCUGAUUUGACUUUUGUGUUUUCCAUAGUUUUUGUCUCCCAUUGUUUUUAUUUUGUUUUAUUGAGAUGCUUUUAUAAAGAAAUAUGGGACUGUGAGAGUUCGGUUAUUCUACAAAUUUCUUAAUGUUUCUCCAUCAUGGCCUUUUAUUUCACAAGUUUCAGAAGUCUGAAUUAAAUUGCAGUUUUUUACAUUUAAUCUCAAAUGUUAACUUUUAAAUAAGCAGAUUGCUGAAAAUUACAAAGAAGAUGAAAAGUGUUUUCACAAGAUCUAUAUUGCUGUAAAUUAAACUAAGCCUACUUUUUUGUGACUUCAUUGUGAUGUGUUGGUGACAAAUAUAUGUAAUAAGUGUGUUUAAA